ACUUGCAAGGUUCACAUGGUGAGAAGUGCUGAUUAAUGAUAUUAAAUGUAGGUUUUUCAGAGAUAUAGAUAUUAAAUCUGUUUAUAAACAGUGUCUGCCAGUUACAUGCCAGGGAAAUGACAGUUAUGUUUUAAAAGGAAAUCUUUUUUCACCUCUUAACAAGUUACAUCAAGACUCAUCCUUAGGCAUGCCCACGAUCAUGGGAUCCUACAAAAGCAGCUGUCAUUUCUCAGAAGAAACAUGUUCUCUUUCUCUCUCUCGCUCUCUCUCUCUCUCUCUCUCUUUCAUCCCUCCCCUUCUGGUUUUAGUGUAUAAAGCUGUGAGUGUCUGUGCUCUCCUGCUCAUCUCUCAGAAUGGAGUCUGUGCUGAGAUAUUUGGACUGGAUGUCUGUGAGCUUGGCCCUGCUGGGUGGUCUGCUCUUUCUAUUUCUGAUGGAAAGUAUAAGGUUGAGCUCCUCCAGGAGCCGCAGCCCCCCUGGACCCAAACCACUUCCCUUCGUGGGUAACCUGCCCCAAUUCGUGAAGGAUCCAAUGGCGUUCAUCAGAUCGAUGACGAAAUAUGGUGAUAUGUGCUCCAUGUAUCUAAGCAGGAAGCCAACGAUUGUGCUGAAUAACAUGCAGAUUGUGAAGGAAGCAUUCGCUCAGAACGGGGCCGUAUUUUCUGGAAGGCCGUUCGUACCAUUAAUGAACUGGAUCACUGACGGCUAUGGUAUUGUUAUGGUCACAUAUGGUGAUUCUUGGAAACAGCAGCGUCGCUUUGCUCUGCACACGCUGCGCAACUUCGGUCUGGGCAAGAAAACGGUGGAGGAACGUGUGGCUGAAGAGGCACGAUACCUCAUUGGAGAGAUGCUCAAGCAUGAAGGGAAGGCUUUUUAUCCCCUCCAUCCUAUUCUGAAUGCAGUUUCCAACAUCAUCUGUUCCAUCGUCUUCGGAGACCGCUUUGAUUAUGAAAACGAACGCUUUGCUAAGCUGCUGGAAAUUAUGAAUCAAAGCAUGCGACUUGGUGCAUCACCUGUGGGAAAGAUCUUCAACUUGCUCCCAGUAAUAAAAUACUUUCCGGGCCCACACCAGACGAUGUUGCAGAAUGCCAUCUCCUUCAAGGUAUUUAUCCGCGAGGCCGUCGAAGAGCACAGGCUGAUUCUGGACUCUGAAAACCCCCGGGACUUCAUUGAUGCCUACCUGAUUGAGAUGACCAAGCACAAGUCAAAGGAAAACUCCACAUUCCAUGAGGACAACUUGAUUAUGUCCGCUGCUGACCUCUUCUUUGCUGGGACGGACACUACAGCAACCACUCUCAGAUGGGGCCUCAUUUUCAUGAUGGACCACCCUGAUGUGCAAGAGCGCUGUCAUGAGGAGAUCAUUCAAGUGCUGGGUUGGGACCGCUCUCCCUGCAUGGAUGACCGUGCCAACCUCCCAUACACUCAUGCCACUGUGCAUGAGAUCCAGCGCUAUGCAAACGUCGUUCCUCUAAGUGUAGUGCAUGAGACCACAGAGCCAACACAGCUGCAAGGAUACCACCUCCCCAAGGGAACAAUGAUUCUACCCAACUUAACUGCAAUCUUGGCUGACAAAGAGCACUGGAAGUAUCCACAUACAUUCAACCCAGAGAACUUUCUGGAUGAGAAGGGAGAGUUCUGCAAAAACGACUUCUUUCUGCCUUUUUCUCUGGGUCCGAGGGUGUGUCUGGGUGAGAAUCUGGCGAGAACAGAGCUCUUCAUCUUCUUCACCUCUCUGCUCCAGCGGUUAAAGUUCUCAUGGCCUCCUGGAGCUCCACCCGCAAACAUGGACGGCAUGGUGGGCACUGUCCGCUCUCCGUUCCCCUUUAAUACGAUCUGCCGCAGCAGAGAGACCACUCACUGAAUCAGACCGUGUUCAGCAGUGGUGUAAAAACACAACCUGCUUUUGGAUUUUUGGAAUAUUUCUGCUUUACAUGAGUAGAAAUGUUUCAGUGGGCUUUCACUUUUACCUCAUUACAUUUUGAAAAGUAAAUACUUAAUAUUCUAAGAAUAUUUUAUUACUUUUGCUACUGCUUUUU